AUGGUGUUUGAGCUACUAUCUGAUGUUGGAACCACCACAUGGCUGACCGUCCUGCUCGUCUUGGUCCUGUCCUGGUACUGGACGGCCGGCCAAUCAAAAAACCUCCCACCGUCACCUGGGAUAGCUUUACCUUUCAUCGGACACAUGUAUCUGCUGGAGAAGAAUCCCAGAAAACAGUUCGAACGGUGGGUCAAGCGGUUCGGUCCGGCGUUCAGCUUGAGGUUUGGGAUGAACCAGGUCGUGGUGCUCAACACUUACGACGUGCUGAAAGAGGCGCUGGUCAAGCAAGGUGACCACUUCUCUGACCGACCAAGUACGGGAUUUAUCGCGGCCAAUGUACCCUUACACUCCAAGGGCGUUAUUUCUUCUUCCGGCGCCAAUUGGAAAGAACAAAGAACAACAUCUCUGGCAAUUUUAAGAAACUUCGGCAUGGGAAAAAAUAUUUUGGCUGAGAAGAUCUCUGUUGAGGUUUCUAAAUACAUUGAAGCAGUUUCUGAAAGCGGAGGAAAACCUACAGACAUUAGGACUCUGACCAACAUCAGCGUUUCGAAUAUAAUUUGCUCAAUUAUUUUUGGCAAGAGAUUUGAGUUCGAUGACCCAAAGUUCAUCGAACUGAUUAAAGCUUUAAACUUAGCAAUUGCAUCUGUUUCCGGAACCUCUCUGCUCAAUUUCCUGCCCGCACUUCGACUUUUGCCCUUUGACCCUUUCAAGUCGAAACAGCUAAUUGCUCGCUUAACUGCAACCCAGAAUUUUGCGAAGAAAAUGAUUGAUGAAAUUAAACACGACUCCACCAACACGAAAAAUUUCAUCGCCGCUUACAUUAACGAAAUGAAAGAAAAAGAAAAGCGUGGUGAAUCCACUUUACUUGACGAGACUAAUUUAGUUCGAGUUAUUGACAACCUGUUUGCCGCAGGAACGGAGACCACCAGCACCACCAUCUUGUGGAGCUUGUUGUUUGUGCUCCAUAAUCCGGAAGUUCAGAAAAAAAUCUACCUGGAGAUUCUAGAAGAAGUCGGAGUGAACCGCGCUCCGACUAUCCAAGAUAGACCCAAACUCAAAUACCUGACAGCGUUUAUCAUGGAAACACAACGGAUGGCUAGUCUGGUGCCAUUUAGUCUUAUCCACGUCUGCAAUCAGGAUGAAACAGUAGCCGGGUACACCAUCCCGAAGGGGACGCAAGUCUUUCCCAACCUGGACGCCGUCCUGAUGGAUGAAAAAAUCUGGGGCGACCCACGUAACUUCCGUCCAGAGCGUUUUAUAGACGAACAAGGCAACAUCAAAAACAGAGAGGAACUCAUUCCUUUCUCCAUCGGCCGGCGUGUUUGUUUAGGCGAAUCUUUAGCCAAGAUGGAACUUUUUCUGUACUUAUCUUCCUUGUUUCAGCGAUUUGAAAUCCUUCCAGCUAAAGAUAACUCCAUCCCCUUAAUUAAAGAAACAUUUGCCAUCGUUGUCUCCCCUCCACCUUUUGAAAUUCGCUGUGUGGAAAGACACCUCAAUGUGAACACGUAGAUUAUUUAUCACUUGACAUUUAUUAGUAUAGUGUUUUGUUUAAUUAAACCUGAUAUAAAGUUUUGUUUUUACUUUAAACAUUAUAAACAGACUAUUAAAGCUUACUCUCAAUACACGUAGAUACGAAGAUAUAUAUUCUAACAGUAGCUUAGAAAGCGAUUAUAAAAAAUAUCUGAAUUUUACUUUACUCAAAAAAAUAAAAUAAAACCAAUCUUCUAUAUUGAAAUUGUAUAACAAUGACAAAAUAGGAAACAUAAGCUAGAAACAAGUCUUAGUAUACAAUAAGAGAGUUUCGUAAAAAUAUACAUACACAUACUGCUAAGAUGACAAAAAUGAUUUUAUACAACUAUAGAAAAGUUUUCAAUUUAAAGAAGUAAUUAUAUUGUAUUCUACUCUGAAUAUUAUUAUUAUUAUUAUUAAGAAACAAGUAAAAGAUACUUACACUAAUGGAUGUUUACACAAUAAUUGCAUUUUUAUAAUGGGUGUUUUUUUUUUCUUUUUACAUUUUAUUACAAAUAUUUACUUGCUCUGUUUGCUACAUAAGUUUAUGAGAGAACUUAAGUGAAUGUAUGUUUACGUGGUUAAAAUUUGUACCCAGCCCAGUUAACUUUGUAAUGUCAUUGUCUGUGUUAACUUGGUCAAACACUGCCAGUUGUGUAAAAAAUAAAAAUCAAGCUUUACAAAACUA